CGCUGCUGUGCUUCUGGCAGGCGAGGCACAUAGGCAACACACACUCGAAAUUGCAAAGAAUUGCUAGCUAUGCAAUGGUAAGUGUUGCUGCAGCCAUCACCUAGACAAACAGACGCGGCUGCCAGCGAGAUGCGUCACAUAAUAAAAUGUAAGCAGCAUCAGCGAUCCAUCAGACGCAGCUUAUACAAUGCCACGGCACUCCAGUCGGAUGUCAGCCGCCCAAACCAAAGCGCUGACAGCGUCAAUCUGGAUCUGGAGGCGGCUCGUCGAAAUGUCAGGAUCGUGGUUAUAGGCGCAGGUCUGGCUGGUUUGUCAGCCGCUCAGCACUUGCUGUCGCAUGGUUUUCGGAGGACCGUCGUGCUGGAGGCCACCGAACGAUAUGGUGGACGCAUCAACUCCCAACGCUUUGGCGACACAUUCUGCGAGCUGGGUGCCAAGUGGGUGCCCAUCGAUGGGUCGCAAGACUCCACGUACGAGCUGCUGCGCAAUGUCGAGGGUCUGGGCAAGCGGAUCAAGCAACCGGAGAGGCCCGAGUACGUUAAAGUGGACCACGACAACGAACAGAACAAAGUAAAUCCAGCCAUGGUUGAUCUGAUCGAUGCUCUAUUCCGGCAGCUGUGCGGAGGCUUGAAGGUCCCAGACAAAGUCAAGACUGGCCGUGACCUGCACUCGCUGGACAAUGUGAUGGCCUACUUCAAGACGGAGAGCGACAGGGCCAUUGGACUCACUUUUAAGCCGAAUGAACAGCACACUGCGCGGGCGAUCUUCCAGUCGCUGUUCAAGGAAUUCAGCAGCGUUCUGGGCUGCUGCUUGGAGUACGUCAACAUCGAGCACAUUACCAGCUGUCCCGUGCAAGCGUAUCCCAGUCCCAUCUAUGUGCCCACCGGCCUGGACAAUAUUGUGGAUGAGCUGACUCAAAAUCUGGGCAGGGAGCAGCUGCAAACGGGCAAGCCCGUGGGCCAGAUACAAUGGACACCAUCGGAAGUCGGAGAACACAACAGCGUUGGCUGCCUGGAUGGCAGUUUGUAUUCUGCAGAUCACAUCAUUUGCACUCUGCCCCUGGGUGUGCUCAAGAACUUUGCUGGCAUUCUGUUUAGCCCAACGCUGCCGCAGGAAAAACUGAUGGCCAUACGCAAUCUGGGCUACGGACCGGGGCCCGUCAAGAUCUAUCUCUCAUACAGGCGACCAAUCAGCAUUUGGCUGAGAAGCAACCUGCGACCGCUUGGCGCACUCAUCAAUCGAGUGGCCGAACGUAGCUGGACACAACAGGUGGUGGAAAUAACCCAGGUGCCCAGCAGUCAGCAUGUGCUGGAGGUGCGCGUAGGUGGUGGCUACUACGAGGAGAUUGAGAAGCUGCCGGACAACCAGCUCUUGGAGCACAUAACAAAGCUGCUGAGGAAAUGUAUUAGCAACCAUUUGGUGCCCUACCCAAACGAAAUGCUGCGCUCCAGCUGGACCACCUCCGCCUGCUAUCUCGGUGGCCGUCCGUACUACUCCACCAGCAGCAGUGCACGCGAUGUCCAACGUCUGGCUGCACCACUGGGUGGAAAAGCGCCCAGCCUGCUCUUUGCUGGCGAUGCAACCGCGCUGCAUGGCUUUGGCACCAUCGAUGCAGCGCGUUCGAGUGGUAUACGUGAAGCACAACGAAUCAUCGAUUACUAUAACAUCAAGCAGUACAAUUGAGCGCAAAAUUCUAGUCAAAAUUUAGUCGAAAUUUAGUUGCAAUUUUUGGAAUACUUGUAAGCAGAUACGUUUAAUUAGAAGUAGCAUAAUAAUAAA